GUCAUUGAUAGUAAAAAAUAUGGGAAAGCACGAUGAUUUUUGAGAAUUAAUGUUGUACCUUUUUAGUUACAGAUGGAUACCCAAGAAAAUUACAAGCAACAUACUGUUAAAAAAAAGGUGAAAAGGUUCCGAAGCACAUUUACAACGGAACAAGUAAACUACUUAGAAAAGCAAUACAAAAAAUGUCCUUAUAUCACAAAUCAUCAGCGGAAAGAAAUAGCUACAGAGUUAAAUAUUAGUGAAAGAGCAAUCAAAGUAUGGUAUCAAAAUCGGCGAAUGAAAGAAAAAAGAGAAGGUGGUGGUCAAAACUUUGAAAAUGAACAAAUUAAACAUGCGGAUUAUACCAAAUAUAAUAAAUGGCAAUUAAACAAUAUGAUGAAGUCUCCAAAUUAUGAACCACGAAUAUUGACAAAUGGGAAAACGUCAGAUAAAAAUGUAACAACAAAUCAUUCGACAAGUACAGUUGCUGAACAAAUGAAUAAAUCUAUUGAAUCUGCAUACGUGACGACUCCAGUUCCUGAAAAUAUAGUGGCUACAACUAAAGCAGAUAACUUAGUUACUGACGUAUUGUUAAAAGAACCAAAAACUAAACAAAUAAACCAAAUGGAUGUAAGUAAUAAAAAACAUACUAAAAAAAAUUCUACAACAGUCAACAACGAACAACCAAAUCAGAAGGAACUAGAGGAACCAAAGAAAAAUUUACCCAUCAAUACCACACAACAAAUAAAGCCGGAAGAUUUAACAUUAAACCAGAAAACGAAUGAACCUGUAGCAGUUCCUGAGGCCGCUUCGAAUGAUCCUGGAAUAACAACAGUACCAACAGUUCUACCGUUUAAUCCGCAGUCCUAUGCCCCUAUGUUUUGGAAUCAAACGGGUGUGCCUAUUAUGCCAAUUGAUCCUUCAAUAUCUGCGUCAAGUUCUUCGUUAGUCAACGAUGCAUCAUCAUCUCAAGAUAAUGUUGUGAUAAAGAGGUGUUGGCACUGUGAUCCUAAUAUUAGACAGUUAAUGAUGCAAAUGCCCUAUACAUUUCCACAACAAGAUCCAAAUUUUCAAUAUAUUAUUACUGCUGUACCGAUACAGACUCCUAGUCCAAAGUCUUCAUGAAUAGGCCAGCCA